AUGUUGUCCUUGCUCUUCGUCCUUCUCUCGUUCCUGUCCGUCUGCGUCUCUGGGUGGACUGGGUUCGAUGGCCAGGACCCUUAUGGAAGAAACAUGUCUCUGUCCUGGUCCAUUCACUUUGAGCCUGCUGUCGCUGGCCUCAACAAGCGUCUCGAACCCAGAUUCGAAGAAUUCCGCGACGACCUCGUCAACCGCGCUACUCCCGUCCUCCAGAACGAUGAGAAGUUUCUCGCUUUCGGCAACGACCAGGCCAUGCUCGGCAGUGACGGCUUCGUCGGAUGCAUUGGCGCUGUCAUCGUGAGCACAAAGGGAACUAUCAUCGCCCACUACAGCAACGAUCCCAGUGGAGUUGAACGCGCCAAGGACAAGCUUCCCAAGCUCAUCAAGGAAAACAAAAAGGCCCUUGCCGGUGGACAGGCUUGGAUCUACGCCCACGUUCGCCCUAGGGAGCCCAACAACUUCCUCACUGCUCCUGGCAACCAGGUCUUGAUUGACAUCAUCAAGAGGGAACUCGACAUUGACGCCCACGUCGAGAGAUAUGCCGAGAUCGAGGACUUCUUGGAGAAGGACAAUGGUGAGCUGCGUGAGGAUUUCGAGGAGCUCUACGAUGAACUCAAGCAGGGUGCCAUCUUGGUCAAGCAUGCUGGUGGCCCGUCUGAGCCUGCUGAGGUUAUCUUUGUCAACUUGGAUUGGCAGAGACCUGCGGACGACUAA